AUGAGCUGCGAAAAUGGCAUUUUGAUCGCCGACGACGAGGCAUUCAAUUCUAAUUUUGGCACUGUUGCUUAUAAAGCACCCGAAUUGUUUAAGGUUUCUUAA